UACAACUAUCGGCAAGAAGAAGAAUUGUACACACCUAAUAGACGGCGCUUCUCUACCACUUGCUAGUUGUCUCUUUAAAUGUCUUUCCAGACACUCGUGAAUUAAUGCCAGUCCUUUCAGGCGAAGGGUGCACAUUGCACAAAUAAUGAUACUGUGACAGAGAGAUGAAACAGCUUUGACGGGAAAUUCAGACAUAGGGUUAUUACUGAUUCACCUACUAGAGUGGUUAACCAUCUUUUAAAAGAUUCAUCUGGCAGUGACCAUGAACCAGGCAAAAGUUCAGAAGAUGCAAGUGACCCUGUACCUGAAAGGAGGACUAGUGCAAGAAUACUGAAGUUGAAAGAAAAAAGUGAGCUCGAAAAAGCCAUGCCCCCAUCACCUGCCACAAAAAAAAGGAGAAAAUUCGGAACUAGAUUUAAAGGAAAAUAUGAGCGAGUGGGAAGUGAAGGUGACCGUGAGGAAUCUUCACAAAAAGAAAAAUUGACACUUGAUGGAAAGUCUGGUGAGUUGAAUAAAAGGAAUUCCGAGGUGCCAGAUAUGGAAGCUGACAUAAAUGGCCCAACCUCUGCAGAUGAUUUGCAAGAUCCCAAAAAGCUUUUUACUGUUCAGGUUAAGAGAGUUGUUCAAGGAGUUCGUGAUGGGGAACUAGAAGUUGUAACUACAUAUGAAGAACAUGGUGGAACUAUUGACGCAGCUGAAAGAGGUUACAUUAUUAAGAACAAUUCGUCACCGGGCAAAGUGACUCGUACAUGUAAGUUUUUGGAUCCGGGCCCAAUAAGAAGAGUUAAUGCACCAACUGAAGGGAAAAAGUACAUGAUUCUUAACAAGGCUACAAUACAGGGAAUGAUGGAAAAGGGCCUCAUACAAGCCAUUGGCAAAGAUGGAUCAGACCAGCAAAAUGUUGCUUUUGCUUAUAGAGCUGUAUUACCAAAAACGGGGCCAACUGUUCUUCGAAGAGUACCAAAUCCUAAUUUUCAGGGAAUAUCUCCCCAUACUUUUAUACAUGGAAAAAGUGUUGGAACUUCUCUUUCUCAAGAUUCUGGUACAUUACCAGCCACAGCUACUUCAGCAUCUACAAAAUUACCCUCUAGUACAGCACCAACUACUGGGCUAUCCUCUUCUGUUACUUCUACCAGCACUGCAUUGGAUGUUUCAUCUGGUGGUUUAAAUGUGCAAAUUCCUACAUUAGCAUCAGCAAAGAAUUCUACCACUGGUACCAAUCCAGUUGUAACUGCUCCAGUGUAUGUUAAGAGUCCAAUCUUUGGAUCAAAUUUAAGUUCUGAAAAAAUGCCAGUCAUUACUGUUCCUACGAGUGUCUUGAACCAUAUUCAGAAAAAUGCAUCUCUCUUUUCUGUGGCUGUGACAAGCAGUUCCUCAGUGGCAACCCCUGGACAAAGUUUGAUAAGUACCCCGAAAGAGCAAAGUUUGAAAAGUACUCCAAAAGAGUCCCUUAUAGUGACUUCAGUUGGCAAAACAAUCAAGUCCAGUGAAGAUCUUGAUAACCCAGAUAAGGCUGCUGACAUCUCAGAGAAUGAAAAUGAUGAUGCAGAUAAUGCAAAAACUUAUGGUGUUCCUACAGGUGUUUGUAAAGUAUUGAAAUCGAUGAAGAUGUAUCAGUACAUUAACAAAAGCGAAGGAAAGAGUGCUACUCACUUACCAGUGAAAGGCUCACAAAGCAUCAGAUGGGUGGCUGUACCUAAUGAUCCCAAUAAUCCUGAAGGGAAAUCUGGUCCACAACUUCAACUUGGCACUCCACCAGUUUUACCGAUUGUAGCUGCAAUUGGGAAUGAUCCAAAUAGGAGGAAUUUACCCGACACCAACAACAUUUUGGGAACACACAAGUCCAGAGGAGUUAUUGAUAGAUACAUUAGAUAUUUGAAGAAUCGUCAUGAGCACCUGCUACGUAGGUAUUAUGUGCGGCAUUUCCAUCUUGUUAGAAAAAUCCAGUGGUUGAAACAGAAAGUAAAGAAAGUAGAGAGCCGAUGUUUUACUCCUGAGCAACUGCUGAAAGAAUCAAGAAAGUAUCUUUCAGAUGAGCAUGUUUUAUUCUUUGAAAGCCAGAUGUUCCUGAAAAAUGAGAAAGGGAAAGGAAACAGAUACUCAAGAGAAUUCAUAAAGUUAAUGGUUGGUCUAUAUAGAAUAAACCCUUCUGGAUAUAAAUUUUUAAAAGGAAUAUUUUUUCUUCCUUCUAUGAAAAAAUUGGAAGUCCUUCAGGGGCAUCGCAUUUUUGUUGAAGAAUUGCCUCUUGAUACUCUUGAACCUAGAUCUGUAACUAUAGAGGUUACAGAGCCAGUAGAAGUAAAGCCCAAAUGGAGUAACCCAGAGCCAUCUUUUGAAGAAUUUAUUUGCAACUUAGGACCUGACUUUCAAAUAGAGGAACCUUCAAAGAUUAUAGGUACCCAAGAGGUUUUUGAUUGUAAUUUAAAGCAAGAUGACCCUGAUCCUUGUACCAUCUUUGGUUUAGACUUCAACAAAGAGAAUUUAGAGGAAGAAAGUCUACUCAGGCCAAAGUUUGAUGAUGGCAACUUACUCUGUAGUAAACCAAAAUUUGAAGAAGGAAGUUUAUUUGAUGAUGUUCAGAUAUUUGAGAAUAACAUUAUUGUACCUGAUCUUUUAGAAAACUGCACGUUGACACCAGCUGUUUCAGCACCAGGCAAUGUUUUGUAUGUUUCUGGAAAUCCAACAUUAAUUGAAGAAAACAUUGACGCACCAUGGCAUGAAACUUGGCCAUACUUAUAAUGAUGUUUUCUUGUGACUUGACUCUUGGAUUCAUUUGAGUAUGUCUUUAAUAUUCCUUAUAUUAUUUAAAACUACAUUUGAAAACUAAUUACCUAAGGAAUGCCUUUUGUUUUGAGGUUGUUUUUCAGUGUCAAGUUUGCAAUUGAAUCUUAAAAAGUUUUUUAAUUGAUUGUUAUAAAUAUCUAGUCCUUUUUAUAGUGUACAAUUUUUGGGUAUUCUGCAAGUGUGCAAUUUAUUUUCCAGAUCAUUUCUUAAAAUAUGUAAAAAAAAAAAUUCUUAUUUAAGAAGCUUUUUUUGUUUAGGAUUGUUAUGAUAUACGUAUUAGUUGUAUAUGGGAAACAAUUUUCUUGUAUCUUCAGUUUUUUUACUGUGUAUAUUUCAGUAUUUCAGAUAGUGAAUAUGAUUUUUAUUGUAUAAUUUAAUGAAUUAAUAGGGGUGUCAUA